AAACGUUGUCGUUCGGAAGCAGACCGGAUAUCGGGCUAUCAUCAAGUCCAUGAACUGGGCCCAGCUGAAGCCCAUGUGUAAUAACUGUAUUAUAAGGGGAACCUCUCUCCUUGCAGUUAGGGUUUCUCUCAGCAACAAACCCUAGCCGUUCUCGAUGGGGGCUUACACUUAUGUAUCGGAGCUAUGGAGGAAGAAGCAAUCGGAUGUCAUGAGGUUUUUGCUUAGAGUGAGGUGCUGGGAGUACCGCCAGCUUCCCUCCAUUGUUCGCGUCACUCAUCCCACUCGCCCCGACAAGGCUCGCCGUUUGGGUUACAAGGCCAAACAGGGUUAUGUGGUCUACCGUGUCCGUGUUAGAAGAGGUGGCCGCAAGAGGCCUGUUCCCAAGGGUAUUGUGUAUGGGAAGCCCACAAACCAGGGUGUUACACAGCUGAAGUUUCAGCGCAGCAAGAGAUCAGUGGCAGAGGAGCGUGCAGGUCGAAAAUUGGGUGGCCUUAAAGUUCUCAACUCAUACUGGAUUAAUGAGGAUUCAACUUACAAGUACUAUGAGGUAAUCCUUGUGGAUGCUGCACAUAAUGCAGUGCGGAAUGACCCAAGGAUCAACUGGAUCUGCAAGCCCGUCCAUAAGCAUAGGGAACUCCGAGGUCUCACUUCUGCUGGAAAGAAAUACAGAGGUCUACGUGGAAAGGGGCACUUGCAUCACAAGGCGCGGCCUUCUCGCAGAGCAACCUGGAAGAGAAACAACACCCUCUCCCUUCGUCGCUACCGCUAAAUUUACUUAAACUGCUGCUUUCUUUCUUUUCGUUGCAAUAUGUUUUUGUCUCAUAGACAUCUUAUAUUUUUCUCUGUUGGUUGAAGUUGGAGUUCGGCGAAUGUGAGACAUGUUUGAGGGUUUAACUUUCCAUAAAGUUGAUAGUUUUGUUCCUAAAAUUUUGGAUUUUGGUAGCAAGUUUUCAAAAUUUGUACCGCAGCAUAGGUUAGGGGAAUUUAGGGGAUUCCCUAAAACCUGAAUACUGAAUGCUGAAUGCUUUAGUUUUCAUUUGAAUCAUAUGUUGAAGGAUUGUGUUUGAUUGUA